CUGUCGUAGGGAGAGUUUGUGCGUUCACUGUUAACCCGCAUCGAACACGUAAACGUAACACGAUACGACAAUUUAGUGUUUGUUUUUCCUAAUGAAACUGUGUUAUAUUAUAACGUGCCAAUAUAGCGAAGUUGUUGUAUUCAGUGUGUAUUUAAUCCAUGAGGAUUGUUUUUAAGUUUAUUGGAUUUUGAAUGAGCGAGCGCGACGGAAAAUGUCAACAAAUACUUUUAUUUCGGCUCCUGAGGAUGUUGCAGUGGCUGAUGCUAAAGAUCGCAUACUAGAACGAGAUGCUGGCUUCGUAUCAGGCGGCGAAGAUGACGACUCCUGCUCCGGACCAGCGCACUCCGACGACUCCGGAGUCAGACUCACCGACACCGACUCGCGAGUCAAACGAGUCCACUCCCCUUCCCGACAGCCGCCAAAGAAAAGAAUCCGCUUAGACUCAACAGAAGACAUAUGCGAGGCCCCAAGAUUCAGGCCUUGGUCUUACACGGAAGAACCACAGCAAGAACCCUUAUCAUUAGUAAAGAAAAGCGAAACUAGUCUACUGAGGCAAAGGAGGAGGCCUCUAGAACCACCUCCGCCUCCGAUACCAAUACCUGCCCCGAUACCAGAACCUGCAGGCCCUCCCAGAGUACCACCACAUCCCGGCGUAACGGACCAAGGCUUCACGGAAAAGACAAAACCAAGAGAGCAGAGAAAUUACAAAAACAUGACAAGGGAAAGGAGGAUAGAAGCUAAUGCGAGGGAGAGAACGAGAGUCCAUACCAUCAGUGCAGCGUUCGACACGCUGAGGAAAGCGAUACCUUCAUAUAGUCAUAACCAAAAACUGUCCAAACUUUCCGUGCUCCGGAUAGCGUGCGCGUACAUUGCCGCCUUGUCAGCGGCGAAUGAACCUGAAGCCGACCUCGCAGAAGCAGUGGAAAAGGUCACGCAAACAAUACACACGGAAGGAAAACUAAGGAAAAAGAAAGACGAACCUUGAAGGAAAACUCAAAACAAGUGAGGACUUGGAAACAAUGGUUCUUCGAAUCUUUAUACCGUCCUUUGAAGCCUAAAGUCAUUGAGUACAAAAACGACAAUAAUACUUAAUAAUUGGUUAAUUAAAAAAAUAUUUAUUCAAGAACUGCGGUAGGUUAAGACAAUAAGGGCUAAAGCACAUACGAUACUUUUAGGUAGCAUCAGUUUUGAAGCUAGAAGCAUCUUGAAUUUUUACCCUUGCACUUUUUGAUCUUUAAUAUCGAAAACCAUGCACUCGCAAUUUCAAGCUCGCUCAGACAGCGCAAAAAGUCGUCAAAACGCAAAGCUUUACCGUUGUCUCAAAAUCGCUAUACGUCGAUGCCAAAAGUGUGUGUGUGUUUUGGUACUUAGAAUGUUGUUUUUUUUUUUUUGUAAAACUUGAAUUUUUUGGGCUGAAUCUCGUGCAACUGAUGGUAUACUUUAUGACGUAACGUAUAAUCUGUACAAAAUUUUCUUCCUUUUAUCUUCGGAUAAUUCGGGUAUGCUAGUUAGGUUUACAGCCGACUUUCUUCAAAAGAUAAUAUUUUGUCGUCAAAUCUAAAUCGAUCGUCAUUCCGAAACGACGAAACAAAAUAAUUUAAAGACACUUUUGCUUAUAUUGACUAAACAUGACUAGCUUAUCUAAAUACCUAGUUAACCCAUUCCCAAAAUCGCAGUAUUAAAGACGGAUGUAUAAACUUAAAUGACAAAACUGUAAAGUAAUGUGUUUUUGGCUUUAAUACUUUAUAUUUAUUACAAUUUUACAAAUCGAGUCAGUAAUUUUAAGGCAGAAUUGUAUAUUUUAUUUAGUUAGCUCGUACGGUAUGGCAGUAAAUAUCGAGCUUUAGAAAGAGAUAAUCUACAUCUUCGGCUUUGUAGAGCGUCGUCUCUAUUGUUAAGAGUUACGACUGACAGUGACAAGUCAGCGGUAAAACGUUGUAUAAGUAUGAGUGAAAGAGACGAUCUACGAAGCCGAAGUCGCCAAGUAUCACUUUCUAAAGCUUGAUGUAAAAUAUUUACUGUCAGUUACUGUAAUUUAUGUAUUUUUUGUAAAUAGUAGUUUUAAAAGAGACAUGUACAUUUCAUGUUGAUCAAGACUUCUGUUUAUCUAAGGGCAUUUUGGUAAACUCAUUGCAAGACUUAUAUAUAGUAUAAAUAAACUCGUUUGAAUGUACCACUUAUGAAAUACAAAAGACAAUUUAAGUAUAAAGUAAGUACGGAAAUCAAAAUAGAAUGAUUUAUGUUAUGCUUCGUUGUGCCGUGUUCGGAGCGUAAUACGAACGAACCACGAAUGUACUUACAUGUAACAAAACAAUCAUCCAUACUAAUAUUAUAAAUGCGAAAGUUUGUCUGUCUGUCUGUCUGCUACCUUUUAAUGGC